AAGGUAAUUGAAACCAACCCUAAGCUCUUUUUAUCUCCGCCCUAAAGAUAGCCCCGAUUAUUGCUGACUUAAGUAUCGGAGUGUUUACCCCGAGUUCCACCUCGGGGCUUUGCAGAAAUGUCCGAAGUGCCAAUUCUUUGCACAUCUGACUCACCAACCUGCAGAAGAACUCACGAACUUGGUAGCACCAUGGUUGCACAAUGGGGACUAGAUCUUUUGGGUCCAUUCGUGAAAGGGGUUGGUGGUGUAACCCAUCUGGUUGUUGGUGUAGAUUAUUUCACAAAAUGGGUUGAAGCUCGGCCUUUAUCUAGUCUUACCUCCAAGAAGGUCGAAGAUUUUGUUUUCAGCUCGAUCAUCUGCAGAUAUGGGAUGCCAAAUCAAAUUGUGGCUGAUAAUGGAACUCAAUUCAAUUACUCCUCAUUCCGAGAUUUCUGUUCCAGUUAUGGGAUCAAGUUGCAGUUCACCUCCGUUUACCAUCCGGAGUCCAAUGGCAUGGUGGAAUCUGUUAACAAAUGCAUUUUAGAAGGAAUAAGGCCGAGAUUGGAGCAGCAUAAGGCCAAGUGGGCAGACGAGCUCAACAACGUCCUUUGGGCAUACAGAAUCACGAGCCGAACUGCUACAGGUGAAACACCCUACCACCUGGUCUUUGGUACCGAAGCAGUUAUUCCUGUUGAAAUAGGAGUCCCAAGCUUCCGGGUCACCCAUUUCGAUGAAGGACGAAAUGGACAACUGCUUCGGAAAAACCUUGAUCUGCUUGCUGAAGUCAGAGAAGAAGCUCGGCUUCGAACUCUCGUAUACAAGCAGAAACUAGCCAACUUCUACAAUAAACGAGUCCGCCCUCGAACAUUCAAAGUAGGAGACCUUGUUCUCAGAAAAGCUGGCCUAACAGGGUUUGAAACUCGUUUUGGCAAACUCGCCCCAAAUUGGGAAGGCCCUUAUGUCGUGGCCGAGGUACCACAUCCUGGUGCCUAUGUCCUCCAAGACGCUGAAGGAAAGAGAGUUUCUAGAGUCUGGAAUGUAAAUAACUUGAAGAAAUUUUACCCCUAAUAGAAUUCUUUCAAGAGAUCUAUGUCUUACAGUUCUUAUUUCAUGCUUAUCGAGAUUCAUUUUACCUCUUAUUCUAUGUAUCCGAGGUCAAUCAGUCUAUUCAUUCCUUGAACCUCACUUUUGAUUAAUAAAUGUCACUUCACAUA